GCCACCUUCUCGAAACGACUAGACGGCUUUCGUGUUGUGAGAGAAUAAUGCGAUUGACAAGAUCGGGCCUGGUCUACGGCUGAUCGAACCUUCCUAAUUCAGCAGGCUCGGUAAUUCUUCUUGCAAGGAGAUAAGAAUCAUUGACUCGACAGUGAAAACCAGUUGCACAAUGCCACUAAGAAGUCUUCUUCCUUUGCUUCACCUCAUCUAGUGCGCGAAACUUUUUGACAACUUUCGACUACCUUCGAGUGAGAGUUAUGGCCGAGUCAUUCAGAUACCACUCUUUAUCCGAGGAUUCCACUACAUUGACGGACAACACCGGCGAUGAGAAGGAAAGCAAGGAGAGUCUAUUAUAUCCUUCGAUUCAAAAACAUAUCACAAAAUACAAAGACAUAGUGACUGCCAAAUCUCUUCGACAUUACCUCCCUCAUCUGUUGUUUGCACUUCUCAACACUACUUGGACCUUGAUAAUUCUUGGGCAGACCGGAAAGACACAUAAUCCUUUGCUCAACCAAAAUGUUCCAUCUCCAGCCAAUGAUGUAAGCGCGUAUUCGAGAGUGGUUAUGAACAACAGUCUUUGGGACGAAAAUCAGUUCAAGGGCGCUCCAAAUCCUGCUCAAACCGCAGCAUGGCUCACGUAUCAUAAUUUAACUGAGAUAGCCGUUGGCAUCGAAGAUCUGAAUGCUAUUGGAAAGAGUUCAGUCAAACUCACAGAUGGCCCUAACAGAUAUCUUGCUAUGCUCGAUGUUUUCCACCAACUUCACUGCCUAGACAAGAUCAGGAUCUAUAUCCACCGGGAUUACUACGAUCUUCGCGAAGCUCCUGCGAUGCAACUGAUUCACGUCGGGCAUUGCCUCGACAGCUUACGGCAGAUCAUCAUGUGCCAUGCAGAUACUGAACUUUUGACCUUCGAGUAUGUCUCAGAGAAAAGAUACCCGAAUCCUCGACCAAACCCGAACUUUUUGGUGGAAAGGAAAUGUAAAAACUGGGAUGACAUUGUGGCAUGGGUAACAGACCACCAUGCGGACCUUAAUCUUGUGGAGUCGAGGCAAGCUUGGGAGGAAAGACUCGGGGUGCAUGUUUGACUAGGAUCUUCGCCUGUGAUUGCCAGAAAAGAGGAUGUACUUGGGUUUCAGAUCAACUUGGCCUACAAUGAUUUGCGAAUCUCAAGACCAGCAAUUUAAUCUUCAAAGUAG